GAAUAGAGAGGAUUAUUGAAAAUUUUCUGAUUUUCUUGAAAAAAAAAACAAACGUCUCCCUUCGCGAUGGCUAAAUAAUAGUUUAAUCGAAAGAAUAUAUUGCAAAAAGGUAGUGUAAUUAAUUACCCUAAUGACUAACUAUUCAGUCGAAGUGGAAAACUAGGAAAGUAGCAGAAAAAGUUAUUUUUUACCAUCGAUUAUUGCAAGCAAAAACAUCGAUAUGGGUGCAUUUACAAGUCGCCAACAAAAUGAAGUGGAGGCCGAACAAAAUGCCAACACUCACGCCUAUAAAUAUCCUCCGAGGUCGGGUAAUAAUUUCUUUGGCAGUCACUUCAUAAUGGGCGGUGAACGUUUCGAUACACCCCAACCGGAGUCGUAUUUAUUUGGUGAAAAUGCCGAUUUGAAUUUCUUGGGAAAUCGUCCCACGGCCUUUCCCUAUCCACCGCCCCAGGCAAAUGAGCCAACGAAGACUUUGAAAAGUUUGGUAAAUAUACGCAAGGAAUCGGUGCGUUUUGUAAAAGUCAACAAAGAGAAACAAGCCGAGGGCGAUCAGGCUGAUGGCAAUUGUUUGAGUGGAGCCCAAUUGGAUACACCACCAUGUCUCUAUAAUAUUGAGUUUACUUUCGAUUCGGAUGCCAGAUGCGCCAUUACAAUCUAUUAUUUUUGCAGUGAAGAAGUUAGUCCAAGUGGUGUGACCUUGACACCACGUGAUGGCUUGACUUCGGAAACAUAUCACUAUGAGAAGGGUAUCAAUCAAUUCUUUUCCCAGCCCAGUCAUGUUUUCAAUCCCCAAUUGAUACCGGAAGAUGAUUUGAUAUAUAAUCCGGGCAAAGAGCAAUAUCCCGUGGCUAUUCAUUGUGUGGUGGAGGAGGGGAACGAGGAUUGUCGCCAAUCUCACACAACUAUUUGUGUCAUUGAUCAUCAUCCUGAUAGCAAUAGCUAUGUUCUGAGGGCACUAAAGCAAAAAAUAUUUGUGGAUGGCUUGUGUUAUCUGUUGCAGGAGAUUUAUGGCAUUGAAAACAAGGCCAUCAAUAAAAGUUCUAUUGAUGAGGAUUUGGAUGACCAUGGCAGUGAAUGUGUUAUUUGCAUGAGUGAAACUCGAGACACGCUUAUUUUGCCCUGUCGCCACUUGUGUUUGUGUUAUGCCUGUGCAGAUUCUUUGCGCUAUCAGGCCAAUUGUUGUCCCAUUUGUCGUGCUCCAUUCCGGGCCCUUUUGCAAAUACGGGCCGUUCAAAAAGGUGUCAAUAAUCAUGUCUUGCAUCAGAAUACCCCCACCUCGGCAGCUGGUGAGCCUUUGCCCUGUGAGCAUCAAGUACCACCCGGAUUUAUACCAGUCUCUUUGAUAGAGGCCUUGAAUGGUCCACCCCAAUACGUGGGUACCCGUCGUGGAGUGGGCGAUGGCAAUGAUAUGUUAGAUGGCAGCAGUGUGGGUGCUGUGGUAAAUGGUACUGCCAAUGAACAUCACAAGGCCACAUCACCGUACAAGCCAUCUUCGCAGCGGCGUUCGAAGGGUAAAAAGAAUGCCUCAACUUCUACAAAUUCCACAGAAAUGUCUACAAUGACAAAUAAUGCCAGUGGUAAUGCAACAGCAAACAAGGAUAAUCCCGAGGAUCCCAAUGGCGGAGCAAUGUCUGAUAAAUCGUUGGAUAAACGUUCUUCACAAGAUAAACUGCAAAUUGUCAAUGAACGUCAUAGCCUGAAAGUUCCCAAGUCAUCGCAUAAAAGACAUUCCAAAACAACACCAAAUCCAGAAAUGACUUCGACAGCAACUUCAAUGCAUGAUGAAGCGGAUGACGAUAGUGAAAAUGAAAAACUAUCACCGUUGCUUUCGCCUGGCAGCAAAUGUAAACCCAUACCACCACAAUUGGCAAAAACUUUGGCCAAUACCUCAGACAAUGAGGAUGGUGACGAGGAGGAGCAUACAGAAGAUAAUUCCAUGAUUGCAUCAGAACCCACUGUGGAAUUCAAGGGAAGAAAAACUAACUCAUUUAAAAAACACAAAAAGGCCAAUAAUGAAAAGGUGAUUGGAGGGGAGGGUUCAACUCCGGGUGUUAUACCACCACUACCAGCUGCUGUAACAGUGGUUUCAGCAGCAGCGGCAUCAGUUGGGGUAACCGAAGAUUCUGAUUAUUACACUCCUGAAGAUCCUCAAAAUUGCAUUUUAAGUCCCCUGUGCCCUGAAAAAUCCAAAACUCUGUCUGGUGCUGGAGAAAAGCUAAAGAAUUCUUUGGCCAAAAAGAAUUUACAUAAGAAAUCCACCUCUGUGGGUAAUAUUGUGGGCUCAGGGGCAACCGGUGUUGCAUCCAAUGCCAGCUCCAUGGGAGCCGUGGAUCUAAAAGGCAAUAAUGUUAGUUCUUUACCAGAUAUGCUGGACAGCCCUGUAAGUGCCACUUCGGCAUCCACACGUAGUUCCAGUGAUAGCUAUUCAUCAAGCUCAUCGACCAAACAACUCUUGAGUUCGAAUACCAAUACAGCAGCGGUGGCAAAUAUUAUUGUCGAUGACAAGACAUCAUUGCAGAAUGCCGUUAAUGUUUAAGAUGAAUUAUAAUUAUAUGUAUACUCCAUAAGUACACUAUAUCCAAGAUGUUUAUACAGAUAAGUAUUUGUGUAUUUAUUUUUAUUCGAUUUUUGUUAAUAAUAGAGGAGCGGAGUUUUUUUGAUUUUCGUUAACAUGCAAUAUUAUUUAUAGUAUAACAAACAGAAAUGUUGGUAGGCGAUCCAAAAAGAAAAUAAAACUCGAAUAACUUUUCCCAAGGGUUUCUGCUCCUGGGCAGUAAUUCCAUUUCAAACGACCCAGCUUUGCUUUUUUUUGUCAAGAAAAAUAAUUGCUCAACGUAGGAGUUUUUAGCAUAUUUAUUUUCCAAAUUGUAAUUAGCUCUGGAUAAUGCUCCGCUUCGUAUGUUUUAUUUUUUAAAUAAUAUUUGUUAUAAUUUAUGAAAUUAUACCCAAAGUGGUUGAAAAAUUAGAUAUAUAUAUGUUUUAUGUAAUUGGUAUGGGAAGUAUAAUUUUGUAUUUUAAAAAUUUUCUAGAAAAUAAACUAGCAUUUCAAUAAGAAUUUAAGCAGAAUUAAAUCUAAACAUAAACUCUGCUUAUCCUUUUUCUAAAUUUAGAUAAAAAUAAUAAUGAUAAUAAUAAAAUAUACUCCAAGAUAAAUAUA